UCGUUAAAAUCUUUUGGUGUGACAAAAUGAAUUCGUUUCUUCAGAGCUUAGAGAAUCCAGCGCGACCUUUCCUAGGUCCGAACUACUGGAUUCUAAAGAAAAUGGGAUUACUUUUACCUAAAAGCAAAUUGGGCACAAUAUUGUACAUUUUCUUGCACGAGACUGUCACAUUUUUUGUCGUUACUCAGUACAUGGAGUUGUACGUAAUCAGAUCAGAUUUAGAUCUCGUAUUGACUAACAUGAAGAUUUCCAUGUUAAGCGUGGUGUGCAUUGUUAAAGUGAACACCUUCGUCUUGUGGCAAAAGCAUUGGCGUGAGGUACUGGACUACAUUACAGAAGCUGAUAAUUUUGAAAGGCAAAGUGAGGAUCCAGGCAAGAUUCAGAUAGUUGAAGCUUACACUAAAUACUGCCGGCGGCUCACGUACUUUUACUGGGUUUUGGUCAGCACAACCUUCUUGACAACUACAUGUUCACCACUUAUGCGAUAUCUGUCGUCAUCGACUUUUAGAGAGAACAUGCGAAAUGGUACAGAACAAUUUCCGCACAUCUUCAGUUCGUGGAUGCCAUUUGACAAGUACCACUCGCCAGGAUGUUGGAUCACAGUCCUGUGGCACACGGUACUUUGUGCUUAUGGCGCCGCAAUUAUGGCGGCCUACGACACUUGUAUUGUAGUAACGAUGGUAUUCUUUGGAGGGAAACUGGAUCUACUUCGUGAGAGGUGCAAACACAUGUUUGGUUCUUACGGCACUGUAAUCACCGACAAGCAAUGCGAGGAGGUAGUGCGACAGCUGCAUGGCAUCCAUAUUAUGCUAAUAAAAUACUCAAGAUUAUUUAAUUCACUGCUGUCGCCGGUCAUGUUUUUCUACAUGGUCAUGUGUUCACUCAUGCUUUGUGCGAGCGCAUACCAACUGACUUCCGCACAAAACGCCGCGCAGAAGCUUCUGAUGGCAGAGUAUUUAAUUUUUGGAAUCGCGCAACUUUUCGUCUUUUGUUGGCACAGCAACGACGUUUUGAUUAAAAAUGAGAACAUGACGUCAGGUCCAUUUGAAAGCAACUGGUACACAGCUAACUGUCGACAGAAGAAAGACGUGCUACUUCUGUCGGGGCAUAUUGUAGUGUUGCUAUGUCAGAGGCGUGUUGCUAUGGAAAAUCAGAAUCUUCCUGAGAGAGUUGUGCCGGUUCAAUAUGGAAGAGGUUCAAGAGCUUUUCGUCAGUUUAAAAAUCCUCCACAGCCGCACAUGUGUAUCCAAGAUACGAUAAAGGGCACUUCGGAGAAAUUGUACAUUAAUGUGUUGGGAUGGCAGAAAAUAGCCAACCCGAAACAAUACUCAGAUCCCAUUCCUUUGUACGGUGGAAUGCAGGUGCCACAGAACUAUGGUCCAAAUGCAGGGAGACCUCCGAUGAUAGUGUUUGCUGUUAUGGUCAAUCCAGACAUACUCAAAGCUAACGGGAAAAAUGCUAGCAGUCCCACAGAUCGCGAAGCACUAGUAAGUCUCCUGUGUGACUUUGUGGAGGCUAUGAACCCAGGACUGGUGUUAGCAAGGAAUCCAGUCAUCAUGAAGGAUAGAGACCUUGCUGGAGAAUUGAAGGAUGUUUGGCUUGCUGUACAAAAUAAAAGAGAGAGGGAAAAAGGAAUGAAUCAAGAUGUUAUGUAUAAGGUUUAUGACAUAGAUGGUAUUGGUGAAGACAAUAUGAAUGAAGAUGAUGUUCAAACGAAACAAGGUGGCUCUCCCAAUAGAGGAUCAAAUGGUGAUAAGAAACCUGUGAAGUCAUCCAAGCAAAUACUGUUGAAUGCUGGACAGAAAUCAGAAUUUGAUUCAGGUAUGAACAAUUGCCAACUAAACCAAACACAUGCAAACCGAGACAAUAAAACUGGUAACAGUUCGCCGGACACUACAUACUGCACACCUGUCUAUGGUCAAAUAGUUUCAACACGAGAAAAUCACAACCAAAUAAAUGACAUACAACAAAAGUUCUCUUCAAAUGAAAUUAAACCAUCAAGCUCAUUCCGGAAAGACUGGAAUCCCAUGCAUGGCAAAACAACUGAAGGCUGGGACGAAUUCUCAAAACGCAACAUAUCCACGAUCAAAAGCGACGACAAAAAACGAUGUAUCAAAGACAAAUCGAAAAUAAGCAAUGGCAAGUCUCACUACGAUUUCUUCCCGUACUUUGACAAUAAAUCGGCGAACGAAGCGGAGGGUUCCGAGGAAGAAGACAGUAUGAACAAGGAACAAAUUACGAACGAAGAAAAUUCUAAAAUAAUUAUAGACCCAAUGCAGAAACUAGUUCUGCAUUCGACUGAUAAGAAUAUAUGUGAUAAUAACACAAGUGCUCUCAGCUCAAUAAGCUCAUAAAAUAAGCUUUUACAAACAUUUUUGUAUGGCAGUUGACAUUUAAAUAUUUGAUGUAAUCGCUUGCAUGUCUGCAUACCCUCCUCGAACUCGUGACACUCGCAAUCUGGAUCGAGAUGUUUACACUUGGUGAGUAGCUCACUACUCGAAUGCCACAAUAAAAGCGAUUGUGCAAGUGUAACGUGAGCGAAUGAAUGGUCGGAAUAUUCAUGUAACAAUAGCAAUUUAGGUGGAGCAAUAUUUUUUAAUUUUAUGGUGUUUAACUAAUAUUUAUGUUUGAGUAUGAGAUUUGUAUGCAUGGCUUGUGUUUGAUGGUUUUGUCUUGAUAGUUUUAUAGAUCACAUUAUUCCAGUCCAGCCAAAUUGUUUAUCACACAUAUUAAAAUUAGUUAGUGUUACAAAUAUUAUGGUAAAUUGUGUGCAUGAGAUUGUAUCACCUAUAGAUAUUGAGAAUAUGAAUGAGCUAUUUCACUUGUAAUCUUGGUAACAAUGUCACAGAAAAUUUUAUUAAUUAAAAUCGGAUACAAAAACUAUGCCAGAAACAGAAUACUUUAAUACGAAAAUACAGUAUGUGUUUAUUGAAACAAUAUUAUAAUGUUUUGUGUGUGAGUUUUAUGGUUGUGUGUUUAUCUAAUGAUUGAGUGGUGGUAGCGCUCGCGUUUGUUCAAACUAGGCCGAUUGUUGUUAUUAUCACUAAAGACUGACUGAUCUUUGGCCCAAAUAUAUAUGGCAACUAAUCCCCUUACAAACUCUGAUAAUCUUAACUUCUAAGAUGUUCUGAAAAUUAUUUCUGUACUUCAAAGUUAACAGUAAGUACAGAAAUACUUUAAAAUGGACCAAGUAUUUCCAUAUAUUCAGGCAUUCCAAUAAGCCUACUAAGUAAAUCAGAGAAACAAAUAUAAGAGUUCAGAACAAAAACACUGUCUAGCCUAAUUUGAACUGACAAACAAUUGUAAAAUACGUACAUAUUGAUAAUUUUUAUAAGAUGCUAUUUUUCAUUGUUGCCAAUUUACUAUAUUUAAACUCUGAGCUUGUUACACGACACUAUCACGAAAAGAAGUUUCAAAGUGAUAUUUGAAUGGCAAAAUUCUUGUGGCCAAUUUAUUUAUUGUUGUGAGAUAGCGAAGUGUCCUGAGUGGCGUUAGUGAGCCUUGUUCUAGAUAGCAAAGAUUUUUAUCACAUGUCUCACUAAUGUUAUUUGAAUCGUUUGAAUUCUAGAAUGCAAUGUGUUAUUACAUAUUUUUAUCCUCUAAAUUAAAUUAAAUAUUGUGAUGAGCGUUUUAAUUGCUCAUUGUAAAAAAAACUUAAGUGACCAAUUAUUAUGAGUGAAAAUUGUUCAGCUCGUUAUAUCUCUUUGACAAUGAUCUCGGAAUUUAAUUAAACUAUUUCAAUUGAAUGCCUGUAGGUGUUGUUACUGAACACUGCCAAAUGAUGCUUCACUGUAACACUAAUGUAUAAGUCACAUCGACACUGACGAAAGAGCACAUGGAGACUGCUAUCAAUCUUUAAAUGAGUGCAAUACCUUGCAUUGUGUUUCUCAACUAGAUACCGACACAAUGUAGUGUGUGGCAGGGUUGUCAGGAUUUGUGCUUUAGCUAGUCUGUUUGACAGCAAAAUAGAUAAAAUGUUUCCAUAUUUUUAUUUUGUAAGUUAGACAUUUUUACUAUUAUAAUUUAAGGCACCCCAUUUUCACUAACUUUUUAGGGACAUUUUAUUUGAAUGACCUGACAACCUUAUGUACUGGCCCUCUUUUGUCACAUAUUAAGACUGAUCAUUCGGGACUCUACUAACAGGAUUUUGAAGUCAACUGUUUGUUUUCAAACAGGCGACUGUGAACAAAUAAGUACCGCUUUAGAUUGUUAAUCGUGCUCUAUUAUUUGUCAUGUUACAUGUAAGAAUAAAGUGAGGCUGGCCCAGAUUUUUACAAGUAGAUAGAUUGUUAUUGGUCUAUGCGCUCUUUUGCCUACAGUUCUGUCGUGAUCAUUGUAAGAAUAGGAUAUAAUGGGGCCUACCGUAUUUUUGCUCACCAGAUGACACUAGUGUGAACCUGUCGUUCUUCGUCCAAUAGGCAAUUAGCUAUUGUCACACCAUUGGAUGUACAAUAUUUGACAGCUGCUGUGAUUGGAUAAAAAAUCCUUUUCCUACAUUUGGUGAGCAAAAUAAGGUAACCCCCAUUUAUGCAUGUCUUACUUUUUACCUUUACACAGAAAACAUUUGCGUUUUGAGAAUAAAAUUAGUUAAAGAAGUCGCAAGUAAAGUAGAUUUUAUAUGGUUGUUUAGUCAGUAACAUAAAUCAGUCUGUAGGUACAUAAUAAGUCAAUACCUUGUGCAAUCCCUUGGUUCUUUUAUUAUUAUAUAACUUUAUUUUUACUAAAUAUAUAUAUUUUUAGUUUUUUACAAGCUGAACAGAGGUAGAGAUCUCAAUUAAGACUCUCGCCGUAUACAAUAUAGAUCUUAUUUAAUUUCAUAAGUCUCAAUGUUCUAUAACGCUUAUCAACUCAAUCGACUUGUCUAUAAACAUGUAAGAUGGACUGAUGUUGCAUUUGGUGAAACCAUAAAAGUAUUGGUUUAUUUUUUAAUAUUGAAGGAUGAGAUCCGAUGCGAAGGAAGAGUUGUGCAGUCCAUCUCAUGUAAAUUUUUAUCUCUAGAUACUUUUUGUAAAUGUUGAGAAUUUUCGUAUAAAAAUAUGUAUGCCGAGGAAUAUAAUUAUAGUAUCACUUGUAAUCGCCGGCAUCGUUGAGUUAGCGUAUUGCAGUUGUUAAAAUAAAUAAUUGAUGUUGUUAAAUUCUCUAAACCCAGUUUAUAUUAUGACAACUUUACUAUUUUGACUGUUCCAGUUGUAUGUAGGUACUUUGAAUUGACUCGACAUUUAUUUAAAGUUAAUGAAACUUCAGAUCAAUGAAAUUGCAUUUAUUAAUAAAAGAUUUUCUUGUAUAUUUUUUGAUGUGCUACAUUUACAUUUAGUUUGGUAUUAUUAUUAAAUAUUCAUUUUAAUAUUAUUCAUAGUUUUAGAUAGGUACAAUAAUUGUAGUAUUUUUUGUAUGUGCCCUAGGUACCUAGUUAUGCUUAUACCCAAUGUUCCUUUGAUAUAAAUUAUAUUAAUUUGUAUUAAAUUGUAUGAUCAGACAACUGUAUAUUUUAUCUGUAGUCAUAUAAUUAUUUUGUUAUAUUAAUUUUAUCUGUGUAAUAUAAAGUGAGUUUCACUACCUAAUACAAUAACGAUAACCUUUAUACGUUUUCAAAUAAUUUACUUUAUUAAUUGGAUUUAACUAUAAACAUACAGAGACUAUUUCAACAAAAAGUGAUUUUUAAUUAAGUAUUAUAAAAUUGCAAUAAUAAUUAUGACAUUUUUAUUAAGUGUAAAGACAAUUCUAGUAAAAUUCACUUUAUAUUACAGUUAUCGGUUGUAAUAGACUCAAAAAUGUUUUAGAUAUUAAUGAUAUAGCUUUUAAAAUUAUUCAUGUAAAGAUAUUCAAAACCAAGUGACGUUUUUAGUAAGAAAUAGUUGUAUUUUAUUAUUUUAUAAAAUGGUAAAUCUGUAUGUGAAUUUAUAAACAUUGUACCUACCUAAUAUAAUGGAAUUAAAUAACAGAUCUCUUGUUUACAGUAUUUAAAAUUACAUGUCAUUUACAAGA